AGAGUUGUCAUUGUCACGAACUGUCAUUCAGUGACGAUGAUUAUUUAGAAAUGUUAAAUUUUAAAGUUUUUUGAUUUAAUUUUUAAUCUAUGUUGUGUUUGUUUGAACCGAAUAAAUCAAUACCAUAAUUUCCAAGCCAUAAUAUCAUGUGGAAAUGCCAUAAGUGCCACAAACCAGUAUAUUUCGCUGAGAGGAAACAAUCAUUGGGAUAUAAUUGGCAUCCGGAAUGUUUGAGAUGCGAAGAAUGUGGAAAAAGACUGAACCCCGGGCAACACGCCGAGCACAAAGGAGUUCCCUAUUGUCAUGUGCCAUGCUACGGGGCCCUUUUUGGCCCCCAAUUAUUCGGUCACGGGACCAGGGUGGAAUCUCACAAAAGUUUUGGAGCUCAAAAGGAAUUUCCUAAGUUUAACAACGGUCCCGUGCUCCCAAGAUCGGCGUUAGAAUCAAAAAUCAAAGUUUACAACCAAUUUUAUGAAGGAAAAAGCGGAGAAAUUCGAAGCAGGGAAGUGAAUGGAAGAUUUAUACUGGAAGGAUCGUUACGCAUCCAUUGGGGCAUACAUGGGGUGAUACACCUCAAAGAAAACGAUGAUCAAAGAACAGUUGUGACAGUACGAAAGAGGAAUUCUUACAGAUCGUCAAGCCCCGAGUAUGAUACUGAUGAUGACCUUCAAAACAUAUCCAGAGACAGCAGUUACAAUGAAAUCUCAACUUGCUCAGAUGACAUCACAAGAUCUGAUACCGGUAUCGAAAGCGGCUCUGAAUCUUUGGAUAUCAGUACUACCGAUAGUCCGUUUAGCUCGCCUCAGAACGCUCCCAAAUCCGUUACACUACCAUCGAAAUUGGACGUUAAAAAAAUGGAAUGGGACGAGUUGGACGAAUUACUUCGCGUCGAGAGAAAAGUAGAGGCUUCCGAUCAUCUCUAUCAAACCAUGCCCGUAUCGUUGCCAUCACAAUUGAGUAAAGAAAGUUCGAGUGGUUCGAGCAGUAGCACCAAGACUGAUACUUCGCUUACUAUAAAAAAUGAAACACCGGAUUUAACUCUGAGGUCGCCAAUUUCUAACGGUACGAUCAGCGAGGAUAAAAUCCCCCUUCUACCAUCGCCUUCUAUAAGUAGUGAUGAUGUUUGGUUAUCUCAGAGUAACCAUUUGAACAGAUCCAUGUCAGGUCCUGAUUGUUUAGGUCGGAUAAGGGACAAUUUAUCGCCGGAAUUCGACAGAAGCAGUAUGGCAAGCAAUGAUAUAACGACCGUAUCAGAACAAAACGAGGAAGUAGUUUUAAGAAGGCCUCAUAAGGGAUCAACCGCCAUAAAACGUCGUCCUGGAAAGAGAUUAUCCAGAAGUAAAGUGAAGAGAAGGUGUUCUAUUAACGGUCAUUUUUACGAUAGAGAAACUAGCUUCUUUACGCCUCCGCAUGGUAGUCAGAUGAGCGUUUGGGUCACAUCCCUUGUGAAUACCAGUGAAGUCAUAAAUUUGUUGUUAGAGAAAUAUAAAGUGGAGAGCGAUCCGCAAAAUUUUGCGCUGUUCGUGGUCCGCGAUAACGGAGAACAACGAAGGUUGAAAGUUACUGAAUAUCCGCUAUUGGCUCGAGUGCUUCUCGGUCCGCACGAGGAUGUCGCCAAAUUGUAUCUAAUGGACGGUAAUAAUACGCCUGAGGUCAGUAGCGAGGUGGCGCAGUUUUUGAAUCUCUCCCUGGUUGAAUGCAGGGCCAUUCUAUCGCAAUAUUAUUCGCAAGAGGAGAGAGAAGUGGCGCGGAUAAGGCAAAAGUUCGAAGAAAUGAAGUUUAGAAUAUCCAAGAAAUUGUGUGAAUUGAAAAGUGCUUCUUGAUGUCCCUAAAUUAUGUUAGGUAGACUAAUUGUAUGUCUAUAAAAAUUUUUUAAUACUUUUAUAUUAUCUAAAUAUUUUUUUUUUAUUUUACAAUUGUGUUUCGUCUUUUUUAUACUACUGUUAUGUUUUUAAAAAUCACUUUAUAUAC